CGAAAGGAAGGGAGUAUAUACCAUCCCGACCCACACCAUGUCUCUUCUUCUUCUUCUUUGACAGGCUCGAACCAGAAAUCGUAACCCUAAUCGACUCUCAUCCAAGCCACUACAAUUCCACACGGAAUUCGCACCAAGAACCUUCUCGAACCGAGCCGGGUAUUACCGUUUCCUUCUUCAAUCUUCAUCUCAUCCUUUCCCCCAAAUCACAAUUUCAUUCCAAAUCUGUAUUCAAUUACUUCAAUUCGUACAUCACUCAGGUUUUCAUCAGAAAACCUCUCUCCAAGUAUUGGAAUUCAAAAACUUUCUUUUCCGGCGAACCUCAGCACCAAAUCGUUUCGAGGUCGUUGUUCCGGUGUCGCUGAGGAAUAAAGUAGAAACAUUUCUCUUCGUGGGUGCUAGACUUGGGUUUCAACUUGCUGCUGAACUGUGGAUUGUAAACAGGUUUCAGGUCAACUCUAGGCUGUUGAGCUAUUGUGGGAGAAGACUGAUUUCUCAUGGAAAUAACUCUUGAAGAACUUUUCAGACAACAUGAUUAAGCAAAAAGAACUGAAAUGUUAUCCAAAAAAUGGUUGAUCAUGGCGAUGUUGUGCAAAGUAGUGUUCAAUUGACUGGUGAUAUGGUUGAUGCUGUAGAUAAGUCAUGUCUCAGUAGGGAUGGCGGAGUUUCUCGUUCUCCAAAGAGAAGUAUUACUGGAGUUGAAGAACAUGCAGAUUUUGAGCCACAUGAUGGGAUAGAAUUUGAGUCCCAUGAGGCUGCGUAUGCAUUUUACCAAGAGUAUGCCAAGUCCAUGGGAUUCACAACCUCAAUUAAGAACAGCCGUCGCUCCAAGAAAUCAAAAGAAUUUAUCGAUGCUAAAUUUGCAUGUUCUAGAUAUGGCACUACUCCAGAAUCAGAUACUGGCAGUAGUAGGCGUCCUAGUGUCAAAAAGACUGAUUGCAAAGCAAGCAUGCACGUUAAGAGAAAGCGUGAUGGAAAAUGGUAUGUCCAUGAGUUUAUAAAAGAUCAUAAUCAUGGGCUUUUACCAGCCUUGGCUUAUCAUUUCCGAAUCCACAGGAAUGUUAAACUUGCAGAGAAAAAUAACAUUGAUAUUCUUAAUGCUGUAAGUGAACGAACAAGAAAGAUGUAUGUUGAGAUGUCUAGACAAUGUGGUGGAAGUCAAGAAGUUGGCUUGCUGACUAAUGAUUUAAAUUACCAGUUUGACAAAGGUCGGUGCUUGUCAUUAGAAGAGGGAGAUGCUCAUAUUAUGCUCGAGUAUUUUAUGCAUGUCCAGAAAGAAAAUCCAUGUUUCUUUUAUGCAACUGAUCUCAAUGAAGAUCAACGCUUAAGGAACUUAUUCUGGAUUGAUGCCAAAAGUAGGAAAGACUAUGUAAGCUUUAAUGAUGUGGUUUUCUUUGACACCAGCUAUAUGAAAAGCAAUGAGAAGAUGCCGUUUGCUCUUUUGAUUGGGGUAAACCAUCAUUGUCAACCGAUGUUGCUUGGAUGUGCACUUAUAGCAGAUGAGACCAAACCAACAUUUGUGUGGUUAAUGAAGACGUGGCUUAGAGCAGUGGGUGGGAAGGCUCCAAAAGUAAUAAUCGCUGAUCAAGAUAAGUCACUCAAAUCCGCUCUUGAAGAAGUUUUCCCAUGUUCAAGUCACUGCUUUGCGCUUUGGCAUGUGCUUGAAAGAAUCCCGGAAACACUUGCUCAUGUAGUAAAGCAGCAUGAGAAUUUCAUGCAAAAAUUCAGCAAGUGUAUAUUUAAGUCGUUAACAGAUGAACAAUUUGAUUUAAGAUGGUGGAAGAUGGUUAGCAGAUUUGAACUGCAAGAGAAUGAAUGGAUUCAUACACUGUAUGAGGACCGCAAAAAGUGGAUUCCAGCUUACAUGAGAGGCAGUUUUAUGGCUGGAAUGUCAACAGCUCAAAGGUCGGAGAGUAUAAGCUCCUUCUUUGACAAGUACAUUCAUAAGAAAAUCAGUCUCAAAGAGUUUAUGAGACAAUAUGGAAUGAUUCUGCAAAAUCGAUAUGAAGAGGAAGCAAUAGCAGACUUUGAUACAUUGCACAAACUACCAGCUUUGAAGUCACCUUCCCCUUGGGAAAAGCAGAUGUCUACAAUUUAUACACAUACAAUCUUUAAGAAAUUUCAAGUUGAAGUAUUGGGUGUAGUUGGGUGUCAUCCAAAGAAGGAAGCUGUAAAUGGGGAAAAUGUAACUUUUAGAGUUGAUGACUGCGAGAAAGAUGAAAAUUUUAUGGUCACGUGGAAUGAGGCAAGAUCAGAUGUUUCUUGUUCGUGCCUUCUAUUUGAAUACAAUGGUUUCCUCUGUAGGCAUGCAAUGAUUGUUCUUCAGAUGUGUGGUCUUUCAAUCAUCCCAUCCCAAUAUAUUUUGAAGAGGUGGACCAAAGAUGCAAAGAAUAUACAGUUAAUAUCUGAGGGGACUGAAAGAAUUCGAAACAGAGUACAAAGAUACAAUGAUCUAUGUAGAAGGGCAAUUGAACUGGGUGUGGAGGGUUCUUUAUCUGAGGAGAGUUACGGCGUUGCCUUCCGUGCCCUAGAUGAAGCUCUAAAGAACUGUGUGAAUGUUAACAAUAGAAGUUCUGCAUUAACAGAAUGUAGCAGCAGUGCAGUUGGACUUCGUGAUCUUGAAGAAGAUACUCAAGGGAUUCAUGCAAUUAAAACAAGUAGGAAGAAAAAUACAAACAAGAAGCGGAAGAUGCACUCUGAACCAGAAGCUGCAAUUGUUGAAGCAAAAGACAGCUUACAACAAAUGGAUAGUCUUACUGUGGGUGGAAUGACGUUGAAUGGCUAUUAUGGUACACAUCAGAAUGUGCAGGGACUGAUACAGUUAAAUUUGAUGGAACCUCCCCAUGAUGGCUAUUAUGUUAACCAACAGAAUAUGCAAGGACUGGGACAACUCAAUACAAUUGCACCUGGCCAUGAUGGUUUUUUUGGGUCUCAACAAAGCAUUCCAGGACUAGGGCAUUUGGAUUUUAGGCAGCCGAGUUUCACAUAUGGUUUGCAGGAUGAGCCUAGUCUAAGAGCUGCUCAGCUGCAUGGAAACAAUGCUAGAUGAUUGCUUAUCAAUUUUCUGUUUAUGGAUAUCCAAGUGUUUCCUGCUUCUAAAUUAGGGUUUUGUUGCUGCAGUAAGUCAUGAACUCAUUUGUUCUAGCUAUUUAUGAUGCAACAAUAUGCAUCUCCAAAAGUUCACCUGCACCUACAGUGCUGAAACUCUUCAAGGGGCAGGCUUCUGUGCGACAUGAGGUGAAGGAUCAGCCUGAAAAUGAUUAUGCCAUAGCCCAAUGGUGUAGAGAUAUCUUUCUGGCUAAGUAAGUUAUUGGACAAACAUAUUGCCGAAGACACUUUUGGAGAAGAAAAGUUGCAAGACAAUGCCACCCAAUCAAAUCCCUUGUGGUAGUGGCAUCUUGGGCAUAUGCAUUCUUAUCUAGAACCAUAAAAAUCUUACAAGCAACUGCCUUGUUGUCGUCAUGGAAGGGUGUUGCAAUAUCAGGUUUCUCUCAUGGCUGUUACAGUUGUCAUGCAAUUAUUGAUUAAUUUCUCAAAGUCAGAACGCUCUACAGCCGCCCAAGGUUGCAUCAGUAAAGGAAAAGAAUGUGAAUCAGGCAUUAGAGGAAAUGGGGAGCAGGGCAGGACAAAACACACUAAUUAUGAUUUUCAUCUGAUAUGGCAUUAGAAGAAAUGGGGAGCAGGGCAGGACAAAACACACUAAUUAUGAUUUUCAUCUGAUAUGAUGCAGAUUCCAUGUUUGGUCUAAUUCAUCAAUUGUUACAGUUGUCUAUGAUGUUGUUUAACUGCAUCUUUGUGUUGAUGUCCUUGGGAAACUGAAAUGACUUGGAAUAAGAGCAGUAACAAAUCAUAAGUAGAUGUUUGAAAGAUUGACAUGAGGAGUCAGCAAUUGAUUGACAUGAGGAGACAAUUGAGUCUUGAAUAAGAGUGUUUGUUUAUUAAAAUUGUCCACACAAUCAUGUCGAUACACCAGACUGUGUCAACUUCCCCUUGAUAAUUUCAAUUGUUGGCUUAGUUAUUUAGGUUCUUAUUGGAAGGACUUGUUGUUUGAUCUAUUUGAGAGAUCUAGAUCCUUUCUAAUCUAGCUUAGCUUUCAAUA